AUGGAAGGGAGGAAUAGUGCUGCUCACCAUGGUGGUAUAGCUAGAAGCUAUACAGGAGUACGAAAGAGAAAAUGGGGCAAAUGGGUGUCGGAGAUACGUGAACCUGGGAAGAAAACUAGAAUUUGGCUAGGCAGUUUUGAGACACCAGAAAUGGCAGCAGCUGCUUAUGAUGUUGCAGCUUUACAUUUUAGGGGAUGUGAAGCAAAACUUAAUUUCCCUGAAUUGGCUGGUAAGCUACCAAUGCCAGCAAGCUCCAGUGCUGACCACAUUCGCAUGGCAGCUCAUCAGGCAGCUAUUAGCCUUAGGCCCUCUACCGCUGACUCGUCCCAAGGUGGUAGCUCUAGCUCCAAUGUCGGGCCUCUCACGGUGAGGCUAUCGCCAAGCCAAAUUCAGGCCAUCAAUGAGUCACCAUUGGAUUCACCAAAGAUGUGGAUGCAAAUGGCAGAGAUAGCAACGCUAGAGGAGUCCUCCAUGAUGUUCUCUGAUGACAUUGAAGAGGAUGAGUGGGAUAGCAACCAAACAGAUUCUCUUUGGGAUCCAUAGAGAACGGAUCGAG